AUGGUCGGUCCACCCGUCAGCACCCGCGAUCGCCUUCGUCACCAGCACGUCCCGCUGAUCUCGCCUCCGGACGAGGACAUAGUCCAGCAGGUGCCACUGACGCGACCGAGGAUGCCUCCAGGUAGCCUUCUCUCGCUCCGGCAGACAGAAGAAGGUGUUCGUCAUGAUGAAGCGGUGUUCUGCGCAGGUGCGGAGGAGAAGCAGGCCGUUGUCGUUGGAGCCGCGGAGACCAUGAGGACCCAGCACUCCCCUCCAGGCAGUAUGGUCUGUGCCGACGCGGGCGUUGAAGUCGCCAAGGACAAUCAACUUGUCCGCCUUCGACACAGUCGCCAAGAGGGCGUGCAGGCACUCGUAGAAUUUGUCUCAGACGGCGUCGGGGUUCGGCAUCGUCGGAGCGUAGGCGCUGAUGAUGGUGGCGAAUUUGCCUCCCCAGAGAGGCAGGCGGAAGCUCAUCAGGCGAUCUUUGAUGCCCUGAGGCAAACAGGGUAG